AUUAUUAUAGAUUUGAAACCACGAGGGCUUUACGACUCCCAAAGCCGGUCUUGAAGCUGCAACUGCUUGACUUUGCCAGGCUACAAUAUUCUAGAUUAUUGUUUCCACGCCCUUCCAUCUUGAUUGAGUUAAUCGGCAACAGUUGUCCAGGUUUUUGAGCUUUGAAGUUUAUAUAUAAAAUCACCGAAGAGUGCUAAAAUGCAGCUGCUGCCGGAAAAUCCAUGUGCUCCCAUGUGCCGGCCAAACGUCAGCUGGGCCGACCCCAUGCACCGCGUUCGUAUGUUCAGUUUUGAGGCUGUGGCAGUGCUAUAUCCGCCGGCAUCGAGGGCACGGCUUUUCAAGGAAUACAAAGAGGUGCAGCGAGAAAAAGCAGUUGACCCAGAUAUCCAACUGGUUUGUGAUGAUUCCAACAUAUUUAAAUGGACUGCUCUUAUUAAGGGACCAUCAGAAACUCCUUUUGAGGGUGGAGUUUUCCAGCUUGCUUUUGCAGUUCCCGAGCAGUAUCCUCUGCAACCUCCUCAAGUCCGGUUCUUAACAAAAAUAUUUCAUCCAAAUGUGCAUUUUAAGACAGGAGAGAUUUGCCUCGAUAUCUUGAAGAAUGCAUGGAGCCCAGCUUGGACGCUCCAGUCUGUUUGUAGGGCUAUAAUUGCUUUAAUGGCACAUCCUGAACCUGAUAGCCCACUAAACUGCGAUUCAGGCAAUCUUUUACGCUCUGGUGAUAUCAGAGGGUACCAGUCCAUGGCGAGGAUGUACACAAGACUUGCCGCCAUGCCAAAGAAAGGGUGAGAUACUUGAUAGCGCUGUUAUUAGCAUAAGAACACUUGAGAGCUGCGUGGGGCUGUCUGUAAUUUGACCCAAUGAAAUCAACCAAGUUCAUGAUCUGAAACUUUCCAAUCCCCCGGCUCAUGAUAAGCUGGUUUUGAGUGUGUAAUGUAAUGUUUUCUUUCCCCAAUAUUUAAUCAUAUGAUGUCUCGUACAAAUGGGUUACACAACAUUCUUUCCAAUUAUAAUUUCUAGGUGGUCUUUUUCUUGGCUUUAA